GCGCCGGCGCCGCGAUGGUUCCCGCGGGGGCGCCGCCGGUGCCGUGAGUGCCCGGCCUCAGGCGGACCGGGCCGGGCCGGGCCGGGCCGGUCGGAUCGCCGGCAGCAGCGCCUUCCCAUCCGGGAAAAGCCGCUGGGGCACUGCCGAGCAGAGCUGAUGGCGGCGCGUCUGAAGCGGUGUGUGGUGCGGCGGCGGGACGGGCUGGAGCAGCACGGCGUGGCCGCGUCCUGCCUGAGGGAACUGCGCGACAAAGCUUGUGGUGUUCUGGCUAUUGACAAGGCCCGGGAACCCAUCACCUUGGUGCUGGCAGAAGAUGGAACCAUUGUGGAUGACGAGGAUUACUUCUUGUGUUUGCCAUCUAACACCAAGUUUGUGGCACUGGCCAAGGACGAGAAAUGGUCUGGCAAAAGCUUAGACAGUGGAACAUCCUGGCUCUCGGAGUCUGUGGAUGAAGUGGACAGUGCUGCUGAGAAGUGGAAGCAGCUGGCCAGGCAGCUGAAGGAUGACCUGUCCAAUAUCAUCCUGAUGUCUGAAGAAGACCUUCAGGUGCUUAUUGAUGUGCCACACUCUGACCUGGCAGAAGAACUUGCUCAAAGUGAAACCAAAAUCCAAGUGCUGCAGGACACCCUGCAGCAGGUGCUGGACAGACGAGAAGAAGAGCGUCAGUCAAGGCAGCUCCUAGAACUCUACCUAGAGGCCUUGAAAACUGAAGACAGUGUCUUAAGCAAAGUUGCAGAACCUCAGGCUGCACCAAGGAAGGAGAUUGAUGUGGUUGACAUAGGUACCAGCAGCACAGAUUCUUCAGCCACAACAGCACUAAGCAACCAGGUCCUUGCUGCUUUGAAGGAGAAACCUGCUCCAGAGCUCGGCUUGGACAGUCAGGAUCUAGAGAGCUCCAAGCACUGAGUGCUGGCAAAUUUCUGGAAAUCCACUAGCCCAUGGGAUAGGUGAUGAAAGCUGGGAACAUCUCCAGUCCCAAAAUGCCAAUACUAAACUUUGAUGCCUGGUUCCUGCUGUUGUUAUGUCAGCAGAGGGCUGGUGGCUGGGGAGUCAGUAGAAAAGACUGUUAAUCUGUCUUGCUGCAGCUGGUGUUGAAGGAGGACGCAGCAGCCCUGGCCUCGGCCCUGGGCUGGGACAAGCAGAAGGCUGGAGCUGUGCAGGCAGCCUGUGAGCAGGAGCUCUCCAAGCGCCUCCGACAGGUGCAGGCUCUGCACUCCCUCCGCAGCACGUCCAAGGGCAAGAAGGCGCUUCCCUGGGGAGACUGGCCCAGUGCAAAACGCAGAAAAUGACACUGCAGGGCAGCUUGCAGUUUGGGUUUGCUUUUGCAUUAGAAUCAAUAUAAGCAAAGACACAUCCUGGGAACCAUAGUUUGCUGGUCAUACUGUGGUCUGGCUAUGGAACAACUAAAAUCUGGAUAUUGUCCUGUGGCUUAAAUUCCUCUGGUGAUUUGAAUUGUGUAAGCAAAGGGAUUUUGACUUUUUGCAGAAUGCUAGGACAAUGGUAUUGCUAAGCACAGCAUGUAAAAGUGUUCAGCUUACAAUACCUGGUUGGUGGCCAGAAGCUUCCAUCUGAUAAUGGUGGAUGCAGCUCCUGAAGCCCCAGGCAGGUUGCUUACUUUGUUCUCCCACCAUUUUCAGUGUAAAAAGGAUGGAGGAUCUCUGGAAGACACUUUGAGGCACUGUUAUUGAUCAGGGCAGAGAGACUCCAGCCUGGGAUCUAGAAACUUGAAUUCUCACACUGAUUUAAUCAGCUAAAGUAAAUUCAAAGUCCUUCAACUUCAGUGCUUUUCCUGUAAGGAACUCCUGCCUCUUAGAUGCUGUGUAAGAGCUAUCAUGUAAAACACAGCAAAGGUGGAAAUAAUUGCUUUGUAAGGCUGUGUGACGGAAGACUUGCAUUUGGCUGCUGUCUUAUUCUCCUAAUCAUUAGUGUAGCAUCAUGAUACUUUUGUAUUAGCUGGCUUAUUUUUAAAUUUGUUAAAAUCUUUUUUUUUCUAAUAUCAAUAAAGCCUUUUUAUCUUAC